CUCAUCUGGCAUCACUGUGUGUUACGGGUUUUAGGCGUCAACAAACAAAUUCAUUGAAAAUUGAUCAAAAUUCGUCUCAAUGACCGUUUUGGUCAACAUUACAUGCUUUAUUCUUGUUAAGAUUUGUGAUGAACAAUUCUAAGCGCCAGAUGAUGCAGAAAAGUUCUCUUCGUGGGGGCAAAGCGAAAGAGGCCCCUUCGUCCUCUCGGCACGAUUCCACCACUCUAGAAACCGCAAACUUUAUAACUGCUGUACCCUUAAUCCGUCAAUCUGAUAACACAAAGCUUCUGCCUCGCUAUUCAUCCAUUUUGGGGCGCACGGAAGACGAUGGAGUUAACAUGGAUGACUUAGAUCAACUUCAACUCGACCUUGAGAAGUUAAUAUCGACGUGUGCGGUUCGAAACCGAUUUUUGAGGGGUGAAAUUGAGUCUAUUGAUCGAGUUGAGGAAAAAAGGGACAAGAAGGGCAAGUCUUAUGAUAAAGGAGGGUUUAAACGGAAAAGGCCCGAUGAUAAAGUGAAAUAUCGGGAUUUGAAAAAUGGUGCGCGUCCCCUGAAACGGCAUUAUCCACUUCCAGUAAACAGUAUUAUAGGGGAUGUGCCCCUGAGACAUGAAAUGCCCAAAAUUAAUUUACCGAAAAAUGAUACUUCGGACAAGUUUUGGGCCACGGUGGAGCCCUACUGUGCUCCCGUUACGAAUUCACACGCUACGUUCCUAGACAAAUUGAUAGAGGAAUGUUCGCAAGAAAUUGAUGUAAAAAUCCCCGAAUUGGGUGAAUAUUACGCCAACGAAUGGUCCGACAAUGCGACAGGAGUUGAGCAAGAAUUAGGCCUCACCACGAAAACCGUCGGACUUGACUUAAAAAAGAACGGUUUGAGUGCAAUGGUUGACACAUUUUCAAAUCCAAAAACUCAACGCUUAUUGGCCGCCCUUAUCGAGGAGAAAGUGAUGACAUCAUUUCCAGGCGUGACUGGAAAACUUAAACCGUCUGAUUUGAAUAUAAUCAAGUCGACUGGUGGUCCACGUGCUGCCAUUUGUAUGGAUCGUCGCCUCAAAAAGGAUUUAGUCGAACAAGGAUUAUUAAGUGUUGAAGAUUUGUCAAAAACAAUACCUGAUGAUGAGAUUUUACAAGAAAUUAAAAAGUGUCAACAAGAAUUGACAGCUGUUAAUGAGUAUAAUGUGGAGGAAUUGAAACGAUUGAAAUGUAUAGUUGUCAAAGAUUUAAAACGGCAAGAAAUCAAAGCGGCUAUGGAUGCAGUUGACGGCGAGGUUUUGGAGGUUUAUAAUAAAGUACUUAUGACCAAACAGAAGCAAAUUCAACAAGCCAAGGAUGAGGAUUUUGAUAAAGCGGCGUUUACAAAAAGCUUGAAAGAAUUCGAGGCUAAAACACAAGCCCUUUUGGAGACUCAAUUUAAGCUUCAAAAGGCUAUGUCGGCAUUGCACGAUUAAAAAACCAAUUUAAGUUUUAUAUAAUUUUUUUUUGACACAUUAAUUUACAAAUUAGUCUGAUAUUUGGUGUUUAGAGUUGUGUUUCUUUUCUCGAUUGUGCUGUGCACAACCUUUGUCUAAUUAACACUCCUAAUUAAAUAAUUAAAAAACA